CAUUUUCUUUCUUCCAUUCAUUGGUGUUGUACUAAUCAAUAAUUCGCUAUAAGAUAAGGUUGGAAAAUUUAUCAAGUUGCCAUAGGUUGUCAAAUCACGAAAGGUCAAUAAUCCUAGUUAAUUAUUGGAAGGAUGACACCAAGGAAUUCCUCCUAGUUUUGUAGUUUAUAGCUGAAGAUUUUGGUAAUAAAACUUCAAUCCUCCACCAUUCCUCAAUCAGGUUUGCUAAUCAUGAAGUUCCAUAAGGAGUACCUGGAUUUAAUUUUGGUCCCUUCAGGUUUGCUAAUCAUGUUUGCUUAUCACCUCUUCCUGCUUUACAAAUAUAUCAAUCAGCCUCACACCACAGUCAUGGGAUUUGAGAACAAUGACAAAAGAAUCUGGGUUGAAAGAAUUAUGCAGGCAAACAAAAGGGAUGUUAGCACGGCUCUGUCUGUAAUUCAAUCAAACACCACAGCUGCUACAUUCUUGGCCUCAGUCUCUUUGACUCUAAGUUCACUUAUUGGAGCUUGGAUUGGCAACACUUCCAACAUUUUCUUCCAGCGUCAAUUGAUCUAUGGUGACACUAGACCAACAACCAUUACUAUCAAGUACAUUUGCCUGCUAACAUGCUUCCUUCUAGCUUUCUCAUGAUUUGUUCAAUCAACAAGACAUUUUGUUCAUGCAAACUAUUUGAUAAGCACUCCAGAUAGUUUUGUCCCUGUGAGUAGUGUGGAAAUAGCUGUCAUAAGGGGAGGUGAUUUCUGGUCACUCGGUCUUCGAGCGCUCUAUUUUGCUCUUGAUUUGCUACUUUGGUUCUUUGGACCAAUACCUAUGUUUAUUUCCUCACUGGCCAUGGUGCUUGUCCUCAAUUAUCUUGACUCUAAUGCAAGGCCAUUGCACCCUAAUGUGUCUCAGGGAACCCAGAUUCAGAUGCCAAAGAGGGGCUUUAACUUGUGAAGGACUACCCCUAUGCUUUCAACCAAUGACACAUAAAUUCAAUGAGAUGUAUCAAAUCAAUUUAAUCAAACUGCAAAAUCUUUUUAUACAAUUUUUCUGCCAAAAGAAAAAUCUA